AGGUUUCUGGUGGUGACAUACCAAGCUAUCUACGCCAUGAACUGGAAGAGUCCAAUCUGUCCUUGAGUGAAGCGAGAUCCCUUCUUGCUGCUUCUAAGCGUCAGGAGCUGGAACUGAGAGACAGAAUUGAUAAACUUCAGCGUAUACUUGAUAAUAAGGCUGUUGAGAAUGCAAGAUAUUUGCAGGUUAGUUAUUAGCAUGUUUCUUAAUUGGCCUGUUACAUAAAGGACAUGUUGUUAACAAAAUUAACAAUUUUAAUUCAUGUACUAAGAAUAAAAAUGAUUAAAAAAAUGGCAUUUAAAAUUUUGUCAACUUAUUCGUUUUUCAAGUUACUUACCGCAAAGUAGUUUUUUUGUUUGUUAUGAUAAUGACUAAGUCAAACAUGGAUAGAUACAGCCAGAACUUUAGCCCUACCAUUGGCUCAUUUUAUGCCAUCAGAAUUACCAAGAUGCCAUUGCUGAAUUGAAAACUCUGAAAUCUCAACAUGACACAUUACAAAGACAAUACAAGGUAUAUUAUUUUCUUACAUUGUUUAGUAACUUUCCUUUAAGGCCAAUGGUUGAAAGGGAAAUAAUUACUAUCAAAGGAUAAGAAUUCACCUUUGACAAGUUGUAAGUUUCCCUUGGAACAAUAUAAUUUUGCUAUUUAACAUUUUAUAAUUAAUUUAGCAUAUUUUACAUCAAUGCAUACACUAUUGUUAUAAGGAAAUAAAAUAUCCGGUUUUAAUUUUGACACACUAGGUGUUGGAAGACAAACAUGGCGGCUUGCAAAGAGAGAGAGGUUCCAAUAGCACAGAGACAGUGCGUCUUAUGGAGCAGAUAGGCAGCAAACAACAGCAGUAUGAGAUGGAGCACAAGGUUUGUUGUUAAUUCUACCUGAAGUGUGUAUUAGAAGCUUUCAAGUUUGGUGGAUUCAAGUAAAGUUUGAACAAAUGAUGUGUCUGCAUCACUGUCACAUUGACAUUAAGGGGCUCUUUGAAAAAUUAUGUAGAUCAUAUUUAAAAUAAAAAUCAAAUUAUUAAGGAAUUAAAUUAUGCAGAUGGCCCUUUGUGUCAAUGCAUACUUAUAUUUGAGAAAAUGUGUUCACAUAUUUAAUAUUAUUAUAGAGUUUUGGAAAAAUUUGCUCACAUUUUUCAUAACACCCCUUUCAACACAUGCAUUAUUUAAAAAAAAAAUGUCUUGUAUUAUUCCACAGAAAGUUGAACAACUGACCAAAGUUUGUACAGAACUAGAAGAUCAAAUUAAAGACAUGGAGGAAAUAAUUGAAGAAUCAAAAAAAAGAGAAGCAGAGUGGGAAAUGAUAAAGUAAAGAUUUUCUGCUGAAUGACAAAUAAUAAAAUGUGUUUACUUAGAGAUAUUUUAUUUAUCGUUUUGUUCCCUUUUUAUUUUUAUAAUUACACUUUGAGGUGGCUAAAGACGUGAGUACAGCCAAAUUUUUCUUGAUCUUUUUAAGGCAAUAUUCAGUGGAUAGAAUAAGCCAGGUGUGGAACAAGAUGUUUUUGAAAUGACAAAUAUUAUAUUUAAACUUUUUUAUUUCCUUCUGGUGUUUUAGAAUUAUUAGAAACUAAUUUUGCUGUACUUACAUGCUAUCUAUGUUACAGGAAAACCUACGAGAGAGCUGUUGAUGAGAGAGAGGACGAGUUGGAGGGAGCAACUCAACAAAUACAAGCAAUAACCAUGGCCAGGUAAGAGCUUUGGAUAUUUUAAUUUAUUGGCUAUUUUGAAUGAUGUCCUGAGCUAGUAUGUAAAGCCAUGUUCACCAACUGCCCCCGGUUUCUCUCAUUCAUUACCAAAUGUGUGUCGCUACAAGUAAUAAAUGACAUACAAUCUUUUUUUGUUUUGUUGUUUAGAUCAGCAGCAUCUGAGAAAAUGAGUUCCAUGAAGCAACAGGUUGAAUCUAUAAAGGCUCUACACAUGGCCGAUGUGGAAAAAUUAAACCAUAGUCUACGGGAGGAAAGAGCUAAAGUUGUCAAAUUAUCACAAAAGGUGCUUAACAGAAAUGUCUUGUUUUUGCUGCUGCUGUACAUAUCAAAAGUUGUAUAAUUUAAAAAAAAAUAUUUUUAAUAUUAGAGAGAUGAAAUCCAUUUAUAUAAUUAAGUGAGUUAUAAAAGUGACUUUGUAAUUUUUUCUCUAUUUUAUGUUAGCUUGCUGAGGUGGAGGAUAAAGAGAAAUCAACUGUACAAGUAUUUGAUAGUCAGAUGAGAGAGAUGGAUAAAUCCAACCAAGAGAAGAUGAAGUUGAAAGAAGAGGUUAGCUGUAUAUCAUUGGGAGGAAUUAAAGUAUUCAUUCUCACUAUCUGAUUUGGUAGAAAUACAAUUUAAGAAUAUUUAUGUGAUCAUCAUCAGAUUUGCAAGAAUUUUGAAGCAAAAUCUUGUUGUAUUGUAACAUUUUAAACAUGGAUUAAUUGCAGAAUUGCCAACCCUUCCAAUUUUGUCGGAAUUAUACAGAUUUUUUACCACCCAUUCCGACCUUCUGACAAACCCCUUGAAGUUCUGAUUUUCCGAACAUUAUAAUUUUCACCCGUCAUAAAACUCAGAAAAAGCAAAAAAAAAUCAAAAAAAAAAAAAAAAAUCGGGUACCACAGGAAGUGGUGCAUUUUGAAGAUGCCACUUACUUUAUUUUUAUGAAGUGUCUACAUGUGCGGCGAUUGGACGAAUACGUUCUCGAUAUAUUUUUCUGGCUGUUAUAUAUUUGACCUAGUCACAUGACCUCAGUAACAAAGUUGCGUAAGAUAUUUGUCCGUCAGCCUUGUCACAUAACCGCUAAUACUAAUAGUAGUAAAGUCGAUCAGAGUUUUCAUUUCAACAAAUUCAAGAUAGUUCGGACAUUUACAUGAGAAGAAAAAUGUUCAAUUCUACAAAAGAAAUACUAGAACCAUUGCUGGUAUAUUUAAUGAAUAAAUGUUUAAAAAGUGGCAAUGUUAAAUAUAGCGUGACAUAUCCACCGGAUGAAUAUCUCCCGCACUAUUCAUCAGGUCGCCGGACGUAUAGACACUGUCUUGUUUUUGUCGAAGCGAACCGCGAUCUCCAAAUAAUUUUUUAAUCAAUUGAUCCGAUCGGGAUUCAUCCUUUUAAUAGGCUAACAAUUAAUUCAGUUGCAUUGUUACUUUUUUUGUUGUUAAAGCUUAUCUUAAUUAAAUGGAUAAAUCUAUUGAAAGUUGUGGGUACAGUGAUGUUAAUAAACAUAUUUUACAUCUCCCCCCCAAAUAACAACAUACGAAUGCAGCUAAAAGUAAAAGCUAUGAAUCUACGACAUACAUGUCUAAUUUCUUUGUUAAGGAAUUGGACGUGUCAGUAAUCAGAUCGGAAGUUUUAUUUACCACCUUUCUUAUUGAAGGGAAUAUUUCUCUAGCCAACUUGGAUCAUUUAAAUGCCAGAGUCAAAGAAAUGUUUCCAGACUAGCAGAUUGUUGGAAGAUUGGGAAGAAAAAUUACAAUGAAACAAGGGCAAGCAUGAAAUGAAAUGUGAUACUCCUAACUUGUUUGUACAAGUUGUAACUAAAAUCAAUUGCAUUGCUAACCUUCAGUUGUCUAAAGAGCUGUUGGACAAGUGCAAAAAGGCCACUAGGGAUGUGCUGGAAAACUGAACUCUUGGCAGCCUGUGUACAUUUGUAAAUAAAAUGGAAAUUCUGUUCUGUAUAUAAACAUUUCUAGUAAUGUUUUUCUCAUGCUCUAUGGUAUUCUGUGGAUUCUUUAAAGACAGUGGAGGGAACUUCAAAUUUCUUUAUUUACUAAAAAAGGCUUGUGAGUUAGUAUAUAGAUCUUAAACCAACCCCCACCCCCCACGGGGUGCCACCCCCUUGAGGCAGCGGUCCCACUUCCCCCCUGCGGGCACCCCCUUACAGAUUUUUUUCUUGGCAGGUCUGUAAUUGGAAAAAAAGUGUGGAAUGAAAUUUAUAUGUUAUUACUUGUGAGAAUAUAAAUUAUUGGUUGGAAGAAAUUUCUGAUGUUGAAUAAUUUGUUCAAUAUUGUAUCGUCAUUGCCUUACUUCUGGUUAUUUUUAAGGAGUUGCCUUACUCUAAAAGAACCGGCUUAUUUCUUAUAUUGUAUGAUUUUUCAGCUGGCCCAAGUACUGAGUGACAAUUGCUCUUUGCGGAAAGAAAACUUAAAGUUAAAGCGACAUCUUGAUGAGGCCAUGGACAAGUUUGAAAUGAUCAUUGGAGAAAAAGUCAACCUUGAGAACUUUACUGAAGCACUGCAGGUUAGAAUGUUCAAUAUUUUUACUUUAACACUCAUAAUUAUUUCUUCUAAUAAUAACAGGUAAUAUUUAUUCUCACUGGCUAAAGAGGAAUACACUUUUCUAAUGCUUUAACUUAAUCCCAUCUAUAAUAUAUUAACUGUUGUUUUGUGUCUCUCAUAUUAUUUUCUUACAACAAUACCAUUUUAAACAAAAAUACUUUUCCUCUCCCACUUAUCUCUUAUUUCACCAAUUGUGGUCAGAAAAAUCUAACAAUCUCCUAUUACAGAAAAUUUAUUUUAUAGUGUUUAUCAUGGCAUUAGUUUAUAGCCAUUUCAAUUGUUAAUUUUGGAAUAUUAUAAUUAUAUUUACAAAGAUAAGAUAAAAUAUUUCCUUCUUACCCUGAAUAUGUAUCUUUUCACAUACUAUGGAAAUUAUUUUAAAAUAAUUUAAUAAGAAAUACUUGAAAUAUAGUAACAAUAUAAUUAACAUAGAGCUAUUGGAUAAUUUUAAUUUGAGUUGAAACAUUGAUGCAUAUUUACAUAAUUUUUUUAAUUUUUUCUUAUAUUUAAUUUAAUACUUAAUGAUAAGCUUCUUUACACUAACAAAAAGUAUUCAUAUUUUAGGCAUCAUACAGUUCAACUAAAGAUAAAAAUAGUUCUUCUCUAAUCAUUUGAAAUAGAAAAAACAAUUCUAUUCAAAAAUCUUUUCAUAAUUUUCUGCUUUGCUUUAUCUGUCUUUAAUUAAGGCAGAAAGAUGUUUAAUUGCUGUUGAAUAACACUAUAGUCCAUUUGAUAAUUAAGAAAAUGACAACAACAUCCUCUGAUGUUAUGGUUAAAAUAUAUAUUUAAUUGUUCACUAGUUUUAUACACUCGGUGAUUGUCUCUGACAAGAGAAAAUGAACCUCUGUUACAACCAAGGCAAAACCCCUUUAAACCAACAUUCCUUGAGACUGCUGAUAAAUUACUGCUUAAUCUUGCUUUCAGUUAUGUUCAGUAAAUGUUCUUUAUGAGCACUCCCUUCUCAACAUAAUAAAAUAAAACACUUUUGACUUUUAAGGAAAUAGAAAUUUUAAAAAUUAAAUUACGCUCUUUAAAAAAAUAUCAAAUUCCAUAGGGGAGCAUUUUCUAUAUUGUACCAACAUGCUCCUUUUUUUAUUUUUACUUUAAAAUUACUAGAUUAAAACAAAAAUAAUUUUUGGCUUUAUAAAUAUCCACACAUUUCUUGAUGCAUUAAUAAUAAACAUUUAGAAAAUAAAUUUACAUUAAAAACACUGUAAUUUAAAGCAUUUUGGGACCCGUUCCAAAGUGCAGAAGAUCUGUAAGAAAUAUUUUUUUAAAUUGAAAUAACUUUGUUAUAAAAAAACAUGCCUCAGCUCUAAAUUAAGGAACGACUGCAUUGAAAUAAUGAGAGAUUUUUUAAAAGGGCUUCUAACUAGACUAUAUACCAACUAUCAGGGUCUCCACUUCCUGAACAAAUACAAGUUUGAGAGCACUAUUGGUCAACAGAUGAAACUUAUUGACUACCUUCAGGAUCUUUACAUGGAACACACAGGAAAGAAGAAAAAGGUAGUGGAUGGGAUAGAAAUUUUAUUUUUUCUUCCCUAUGUUCUUUUGCAAACAUUAGAUUAAGCUAAAAAGGUAGCGAAGUUUUAUUUUUGCUAGCAAAAAUGGAUAAGAUAUAUGUUUUAAAAAAAUUAAAUGUAAUGGACUAUGAAAUAAACUGAAGAAAAAAAAUGGCUUUACCUAUGAUCAAUAGAAGUAAGAAUUAAGGAAAUUUUACAAAAAUGUUAGUGUACACCUUUAUGCUUUCUUAUAACUUCCUUUAAAUAUGAAUAAGAGUUAGCAAAGAUUUGAAGUUUAAAAAAAAAAAAAUUUUUGGUUACAAUUAAAUGAAAAUUUCAAAAGAGAUCUAUAAAAUUUUAAAAGAGACAUAAUUUUUCAUUUUCAAAGCCAACAAAUUCAGCACAACUAAAUAAAAUUUUGCAGUUAUUCAAUAAUUAAAAUGUAGUGAUGAUGCUGAGAAUUUUUUUGUUAUGGCUUCAAAUGUGAACAAAUUUCAUUCAGUGUUGAGUAGUGAUGGUUUUAGCUUUUAUGUUCUCUUUACCAAAAAUUUCACUUGUCUUAUUGGUUGUAUUAUUUAUUGUUAGAAAUUUUCGAAAUGAUUUUAUUGUUUUAGAAUUUAUCAUUAAUUAGUUUUGAAACGUUACAUUUAUUGCACCUUUUCUAGACUUUAAGGAAUAAAAGGUUCCUAUUGCCAUAUUUGAAAUCUGUCCGUAGUCAUUUGAAUUUACUCAUUUGUGUCAUAGGCUAUUGUGAGCUUUGGUGGCAGUUAUACAGUAAAUGAGAAUAAUUCUAGUACAUACAAAAGUUGACCAUAAAUCACACACUUAAUGACUUUGCUUUUUUAUCUUUACAUUUUAUGACAAAAACAAAUCGAUACUAUGCUAAAUUAGAUAUUUUUUGCUUUACUGUUAACAUAACGAUGAGCUUAUAUUUUUUUUUUACCCCAUGUCAAUUAAUUUUUUAAUUCUUUUUUUUUUAAUUCAAUGCUUUUCCCUGCUCUACCCUUAUUUUGACACCAUGAAACAAAAAUCAAUGUAGAAGGUUUGUUUAUUGAUGAAAUUAUUAAUUUUUUGUUUGAUGUGAAUUGACUUAUCACCAAAAAUAUGCUUGUCUGUAUAUAAAAUAUUUUACAUUUGAAUGUUUUCACCCAUGUAUUUUCCAUGAAGCUCACAAUCUUAUUAAUAAAAAGUGUCAGCAUCUGCCUGCUGUAUGCUUGAGGUCAUUGCUGUGCUGAAUUUUGAUGCUAUAUAAAUGUGAACAAAGUUUGCAAAAUGCUUCAGACCCCAGACUGACAUACUCAUCUGUUAUUACAAAUAUAAGGCACUUUUUUUUUUUUUAAAGUUCACUUACUUUACCUAAAUGUUGUUCAGGUAGUAAACUAAUCCCUAAUCAAUCUGCUCAGUGUCUUGCAAUUAAUUGUGCCUUACAUGUGAUCUAACAACAUUCCUCCUUGACCACUUAUAUCUUACUCUACAGAGCUUGAGAAAACCAUUGAGAAUGUGCAUGAAAUAGACAUAGCUAGUACAAUUAGCACUUAUAUAAUAUAUGAUUUGAAGGCAACUGUCUUGUGAAAGUUGUUAUAGGUAUCAGAUGUUUAGAAUGCAAAUAUAAGUAUGCACUUACAAAUAUCCCAGUAUUAAGUAUGCAAUUUUAUAUUUUAAGAAAACAUGACAUGCAAAAAGUAUAACAGUAUUGUUUAGCUCUCAGUGUCUCUCAUUUCUUUUUUUAUAUGUGCUUGCUUUCUUCUCAAGGAAUUAUCAAUAAUUAAAUCAGUAUCUUAGAAUUUGAUGUUUGCCAUUUAAAAAUUUACAGAAGAAAAAAAACAACUGCUUUUUAUUCAUGAUAAUAAAUAAAGGAAAGAUAAAUGAAUUAUAUAAUUGUAAUUAUAUAUAAUAAUAAAAAAUGCCACUUUUAAUUUUAACAAAAAUUCUUUUAUCCAAAUGAUUAAACUUGUUAAAAUUAUUAUACUGAGCUUUUUUGUAAAAUAAAAACUUAGAUAUAUUUUUAUAAAGGUGUUAUUUUAUCUAUCUAUGAUUAUUUAUUGCAGAGCAAAUUCUUUGGACCCAAAAGUGGUAGCAAAGAAGCCCUCAAUAAAGCUGCUACUCUCCCCUUAUCUUGGACCGAUUUACAGACAGCCUUAGAGCAGGAGCGCAGCAAAACUAACAUCUUACAGGAACAGGUAGAUAGACUCAGAGAGGACAAUUUUCAACAAGCAAAUGAAUGUAAGCAUUAUAUGUAGCAACAUUUGAAUUGUUGCAUGAAAUGCUAUCUAACUUUAAUUGAAAUACUUAUUAAAAAUUAAGCACUGUUUAUUAUAAAGGUAGUUAGGUGUUACAGUCAGUACGACAGUAUAGCACACCCUGUCCUAGUGGCAAAGUGAUAGAGUCAGUAAGACAGAGGAAAGCACACCCUGUCCUAUGUCACAUUCCCCCUUCUCCUUCUAAAGCCCAUGGGAUACACAAGGUUUCUAACCAAAAACAUAAGUAGCAUGCUAAAGUUAGAUGUACAAAACUAUCUUUAUUGCAAGAGAACCAAAAAAUGUUGUUUCUGAGGCAAAAUGGUGAAAAUUAUUUUAAUUUUUAAACAGCCUUUUGCACAAAAAUGUAUGAAUCUUUAAAAUGUCAACACUAAGGUAAAUGUUAAAUAAAUAAACCUAACUUUAUCUACCAAUCAGCUGGAUGGUUUACUAAAAUAAAGAGAGGUAACGUUUUCUGUUUGCAGACCCCUUCAAUUUGAUCUAAUUUUUUUAUAACUUGGUCAUGUUUUUUGUGUUGUUUUGUUGUUAAAUUAUUUCCUCCAAUUUCUGGGGGUUUAAGGCAAAUGUUUGUGUGUUCAGUUAUCUACUCUAUAUAAUUUUUGUUUAAAAAGCAAAAAAAAUAAUAAUUAUCCAAAUUAAAAUUAAAUAGUUACUCUGAUUUAGCCAUCAAUCUGACCAUUUAAACUUGACAAUGACUUCUUAGUCCUAAAUUCAUUCAUUAUUGAUAUUAGUUUGUUUUUUUAUAUUAACCUUAGUAUGUAACAACUUUUGUCCAUUGAAACCAGUGCUGAAACUGAAACAACCUGGCAAAAUUCAAGCCAAUGUUACAGUAAAAUUAACCAAUUCAGCCAUGAAUGCACUGACACACUCACCGGCAAGUCAGCAAGCAGAACUGGCCUCAGCCUACUCCUCCACGUCCCUGGCCUCAACUGGAUCAUCUUCCUCGUCUGGUUCCUCCACACAGUCAAGGUCAUCCAGAAGUCCUCACUCCUCUCAAAGAAGAGCUUUCACCCCUGACCCCAGGGGUUCAAGAGUUGGUGAAAGUUUGCCAACUCCACAGAGAAUGCAUCACAAUAUCCCGCACAGGUAGUUUAAAAUGCGAAUCUUUAUUAAAAAAAAGUUUUUGAUAAUUCUGUUGACAUCUGUUGACAACAAUAAAGUUUUUGUUGUGUCGGCCUUUUUCUUAUUUCCUUUUACACCUAUUUGCUAAACUAACACUUGACAUAUUUAUUUAUUUCUUAAAUCACUCAGCAGGGAAUUGAAAGAAAAACCCUAACAAUAUUGUCAUUUUCGGCAUUGGUUAAAUAUAUAUUGUUUUAAUUAUACCAAAUGUUUGUAAAAAAAGAAUGUUUAAAUCAUGAGCUAACAGUAUUGCUUAACUUUUGUUGAGGUUAGGACCUGUUGAAAUUUUUUCUCUCUUUCUUUACAGGUUUGCCACUGGCCUUAAUACUAGAGCUGCUAAAUGUGGACUGUGCCUGGGGACAGUUCAUUUUGUUCGUCAAGC